AUCGCUAUUGAAUCACUGAUUUAGUGAUUUACUAUUAGUAUUUUACUCCUAUGUAGCAAACCGUAAAAGUAUAAGAUUAGCUUACUGAAAUUUUUUGGUUGUCCUUCAAAAUGUCUUAUAAAUAUUUAAAAAAGACAACUGGUCUUACAAGACUUAAUGUAGCAAAAAGUCCACACUAUACUCUAGGAGUGUUAUAUGGGAAGAUUCUGCGAACAUUGCGUAAAAUGCCAGAGGACGCUGCAUAUCGAAAAUAUACUGAGCAAAUAAUUAGUAAUAGAGCCAAAAUCGUUCAAGAAACUGUUGCAGUGGAAGAUUUUGAAAAGAAAAUUGAUUGUGGACAAGCUGAAGAACUUAUUGUACAAGCUGAAAAUGAAUUGAUUUUAUCUAGACAGAUGUUGGCUUUUAAACCAUGGGAAUCAUUAAUUGUCAAACCAAGUGCUGAACAAUGGGCCUGGCCUCCAUCUAAGUGAUUUAGUUAAAUAUUAUAAAAUAGUUAAUUUCAAUAUGAUAGAUACUUUAAAUAUGUACUCUACACAAUUUUGAAUU